AUGUUCAUGCUAGUCAAUUGCUCCCACUGCCGUACGCGGUGCAGCUGCCGCCGGGAGCCAAAUCCAUCCGAUGCGCUAUGUGCCAGGCCGUCACGUCCACGCCACGCGCCACCACCGCCUUCUGAGCCGCCUGUCCCGCCUUAUCCUUACUCGCAUGCUCCCUCUGGACCUCCGCCCAACGCCCACGGCCGUAAAAAAGCUGUUAUCGUCGGAUAUCUGGAGCAGCCCGACAUAAGUGGCUGCGCCGCCGUCUCACUCGACUACGACCAGCCCCGUCAUGGCGGGUUGCCGCCGGAACCGAAGUAG